AGAUCAGCCGCAACCCAGCAAAAGCCAACGUAAUCACGGCAGGCGCGUACAGCCACAUCUCUGCAUAACAUUAUUGCCUGGUCUCUGUUGUCGUGUUGUUCUAACCACGGCAGUACUACGGACUUCGCUAGUGCUUCACCUCAUUACUGUCUCCUUUUUGCGACCAGGAUGGAGAAUGCAUCGGCUGGAUCAUCGCAAGCCAGCCCCUCGACGUCGCGACAGAAGGGCUUGGACAUCUCGUCCAAGAUGCGACGGCACAGUGGCAAUGUGCCCGUCCUUCCGCAGACCAAACAGUGUCCGUACUGCGAAGCCAAAUUUACGCGUACCACGCACCUGAAUAGACACAUAAAGACCCAUACUCGGGAGGGCAUGGUUACAUGUGAACUCUGCCAAGCACAGUUUACUCGCGGUGAUCUGCUUUCUCGCCACAAGAGGUCAUGCAUGAAGGGAUUAGCGCGUCGAGGCGUGCGUCAGGCUCCUGAAUCAACCAACGAGAAGGUGGAAUCAUCGGAGGCGACCUUCGCUGGAUCCUCUGCUGAUGACCUGAGGCAAUGUCUAUUAAACCUGGCGCCCUCCGAUCCUUCGAAGUGUGAUUCUACCUCCACUCUCGUCUCGCCGUCACCUUCUGAUGUAACGGGUCCAACGACCGAUCUGACAUACACCAACAAUACCGAAGUUGCCGGGAACGCAGCCAGGGGUUUUGUGCCGCAAUCUCCCGGGAGCAUGUUCGAUAUGCUGUUCAACGACGUCUUCUCACCUCCUACCGUACCUUCAUCUUCAUCCUCCACCAACGAAUACGAAGGUGCAGCCAUGAGCAAUCCGGAGAUGGUGCCGUUCAGCGUACCUAGUGGCCAACCCUUGCCAUCGUUCAAUCCAUUCACUGGAGUCUCUACACUACUACCGCCUCCUAACUUUGCUAUCACUCAAUCGGAAAAAGAAAGGGAGAUGGAGCAUUACGAGUUCUUGUUCUAUACCGAAUUCCUCGACCAAGCGCCCCUGUACCAUAUACCUACCUUGUCUGGCCAAACGAAACCCCAGAUUCUUACCGAUACUAUUCGUGCAUGUGGCGCCCUGUUCGUCCGAACAGGGAAAGCGAGCGCGUUUACAAACAGUGUACUUGCUUCGGAGCGAGAGCACCUAGCCCGCGAGUUUGCGUUCAAUCAUGCGAACGCGGACGAUCUCUUUCCUCUCGUGCUUGCAGUGUCGCUAUUACAGAUGAUCGGCCUUUUCCACCAGAAUGCGAACGAACGUGCAACCUCGAACUUGUUCCACGGGAUGCUUGUGAUGUUGAUUCGACGAGCUGGACUUCUGCAACGAAACGCAAAAUGGCAACCGCUCGAGAUCGAUCCAAGCAACCCCUCAUCCAUCGACGCGGCGUGGCGCGAUUGGGCAAGACACGAAAAUAUGAAACGUGCGUUAUUGGUCUCCUACCUGCAUGAUAUCAUGCACCGGGCCAGCUUUGCAUUGCCCACAUGUUACGUGGAAUCGGAGAUGGUACUACAUUUCCCUUCGGAACCCAAGCUGUGGGCAGCCCGGACGGCGACCGAGUGGUACGCCGUACUCAACGAACCGUCCGCCUACGGAUCAAUGCGCAAUCGUCUCAUGGGCAUACCCACACAACCCACCCUGGCCAAACUUCGAAACUAUCGUGGUCACCCUUCCGAACUCGACAUCAGGCUACCGCCGAUGGCUCAUCUCUUCAUCUUGAAGUUAUGUCUCGGCGAGAUAUAUGCGCUGGCCGCCCCAUAUAUGGAACCGCUGUCGGAGAAAGAUAAGGAACAGAGGGUCUUCGAGAUGCAAUACUUUCUUCAUAACUGGGUGGGGGCGUGGCUAGCCGGCCCGGAAACACCCCCAAAAGAAGAAGAGCCUAUUUUCUACCACAACGCGCUGCCGCACUACUGGGUUGCCCAAAUUUCGCUUAUGGCGUAUCAGGAGGACAUGCCGCCAUUCCAGAGUGGCUCAGCGAGCAGAACGGAUACGGACGCGCGGUUCAGGCUUAUCAACUGGUGGGCCAGGUGUGUCCGCAAGUUCCUGCGAUCCGCUGGAAAGGAGGGAGUGAAGUUCGGAUCGACGGUCGUCUGGGACGAGAUGAUGAAGAUUAGAUUGGACGCCUGGAAGUUCGAAAUGGAAGGCGCCAACCCCGUUUAUGACGAGAGCCGGGACGGUAUCCUAGACUUGUUCGCGAACAUCAGUGGCCGAGGUUGAAUCCUUCUGUUCUGGAGAAAUGAUACGGGGAAUGUAUAUAUACGGUGUACAGAUAUGGACGGCAAUAAUGCGCAAGUAAUGCACAAUGGAUACGCGAUUCAGUGAACGCAGUGCAGAAGUCGCGUAAUAUGUCAUCUGCACACGAUCCACCUCCCUUCAGCGCCCUCCUUUUGCUCCAGACCACCCGCCCUCUCCUUCUCACCUAGCCAGAUGUCGAGCUCCCUUCCAUCAACCAAACAGAGCGACGUCUGAAGCCAGAGCCGCGUUUCACUUCCGGGAUGACAUGCCCAUUCACGGUAUGCGAUACGAAAGGCCGACCAAGCUGAUUCCCGAGCACUGCUGCGAAGUCGAUAUAUCAGAUGGUGCAGCGCCGCAGAAGCAGAGGUGUACGCCGUCGGGAACGGAGAAUGUGUUUCCCAGACAGGGAAGGGUGAUGGAGAAUUGGAGCCUUGCAAUGUCAGCGCCUGAACGGAUGAUGCCAAAGCCUCGACGGGCGACGGUCCCGCGAUACGAAGCAUCUCAUCAACGACGGACUGAGUCGUCAGACGUCCGAAAGCGACCCAAUUGCGUCGUCGAAGGGUCAGCGCAAUUUGCUGGAUCCAUGAGAUGGGACAACGUCGGAUGGCGGCUAAACCUUGGACGACAAGCUGUUCGUGUAGUGGGUUGGUUGAACGUGCCUCUGUAGCUGAGCCCAUCAGAUCCUUUGGGAGGGAACGUAGGUAUGCACGAUAGGAAACUUGUGAAGGAUAAUAUGCGUCCAAGUGGUACGCCAUGGAGAGCACUAGGGUCAAGGUGACCGCAGGUCCGUCCCUGCCGUAUGAACUGGACGCAUCCCGUCCGGGCGAGGCAUCUUGUCGCAGCGACGACACAUAGAGGCCAGGCAAGGGUCCGAGAGCAGAGAGGACUUGCGCAGGGGAAUUGAAGAGAAUGGCGUAGUGUGAAGAUGUUUCGUGUACUUCGAUAGCAAAUGCGUCCACCCUUUUUGACGCUGUAAUGCCCUCUCGAAGUUUUCGAAAUAGAAUCAAGAGAUUGCCGCGGGCAUCAUCCCGUUGACGUAGUUCAUGUUGUUGAAAGACCCUCUCCGAUGUUCCCCAUUUCCGGUGGUAAUCGUCCAGCUUUCCCUGGAUGAACGUCCUAUAUCGCUCCUGAGUCUUGAAGUCUUUCAGACUGAAUGGUGUUCACCAGCAUGCGCAUAUCGGUGCGCCGCUCGUGAACCGCAAAUCCAGGAGCGAACUCACGCAUCGCCGUCCUUAUCGAGACCGCUGCUCCGGCUCACAGAUGCUAUCAAGUCCAUCC